GGAGGAUUUCUACAGACAACUUCAAUCAACACUGGACAAGACGUCAGUUGGCGAUAUCAAAAUUCUAAUGGGCGACAUGAAUGCCAAACUGGGAGGGAACAACACAGGAAGAGAACUAACCAUGGGUCGAGAGGCGCUAGGUGAAAUGAAUGAGAAUGGAGAAUUGUUUGCAGAAUUCUGUGCAUUCAACGAUUUGGUGAUUGGAGGCAGUGUGUUCAGGCACAAAGAUAUCCACAAAGCGACAUGGAUUUCACCAGAUGGACACACUAAAAAUCAAAUCGACUUUAUCUCAAUCUCAAGAAAAUGGAGACGCAGUCUACUUGACACAAGGUCAAGAAGAGGAGCAGAUGUAGGUUCAGACCACUAUUUAGUGCAAGGAACCUACCUUCCAAAUCAAGUUAAAAGCCUUCAAGGAAGCUGGUGAUAGACCUCAAUUCAAG